UCCAUUUUUUCCACUUUGAUUUUUUUGGGGAAGGGGUUAAACUAACAAUUCUUUUUCCAUCUAAAUCGACCCAAAUUUGAUAGGCCAUGAUUUAGCCUUCAAGAAAUUGAGAUUUUCAUUCAUGUCUUCUUUGAAGUUUUAGUUUGAGGCUAUUAUAUUUUUAAUUAUUUGGGUUAGAUUUGGUCUCUGGGAUUUCAAUUUUGAUUCCUUUUCUGAAAUUUUGAUUUUCUAAUGUCUUUUUUUUUUUAAGAAAAGACGUGACCAUCCCUGGUUCUGGCUCCUAUGAGGCAUUACAAAUCGGCCAUAAAAAAUAUCAUAUAUGAAAAGUUUCUAGCUCCCAGCUGUAGGUGACUCCAGGAUGCACAAACCAUGGGAUUUCCUAAUGUCUUUUAGAUGUUAUGAUUCCACCAGGGUUGGAUGUCUUGUUUGCAUCGUAGCCGGCCUCAUUGGUGAAAUAUAAAUUUCAUUAUACUCAGAAGCUUGUUUGAAUAUGGGGGAUGUGACUACACAAUCUAGAAAUAAUGGAUUUAUUGAAGAAAUUAUCAAGCCCUCUAGAGGUGCUUUUACAUGUAUGAUUAAUUCCGAAAUUGUGGCUGUUUUGGCUGUCAUGAGGAGAAAUGUUCGAUGGGGAAUCUACUAUGUUGCAGAUGAUGAUCAUCUAGAGCAUUCUCUCAUCCACUCCUUGAAAGAAUUGCGGAGAAAAAUAUUUUCAUGGCAACAUCAGUGGCAAAAUGUUGAUCCAGUUGUGUACCUCCAACCAUUUUUGGAUGUAAUUCAAUCCGAUGAAACCAGUGCACCAAUAACUGGCGUUGCCUUGUCUUCCAUUUACAAAAUCUUAACUAUUGAUGUUCUAGAUUUGGAUAUUGUAAAUGUGAGAGUUGCUAUGCAUAUGAUUAUCGAUGCCGUGACAAGUUGCCGAUUCGAGGUAACUGAUCCAGCAUCUGAAGAAGUGGUGCUGAUGAAGAUACUUCAAGUUCUUCUAGCUUGCAUGAAAAGUAAGGCUGCAACUAGGUUAAGUAAUAAGCAUGUAUGCAUGAUAGCAAACACAUGUUUUCGUAUUGUUCAUCAAGCAAGCUCCAAAGGUGAAUUAUUGCAGCGGAUAGCUCGGCAUACAAUUCAUGAGUUAGUUAGAUGUAUUUUCUCUCAUCUUCCUAAGAUUUGUAGUACAGAACAUGAAAUGGUCAACGAAAGCUCAUUAGUUGCUUCAGGAGUGGUGGGUACGCAGAAUGAGAAUCACAUGAAUGGAAGUACACAAUUAAAAAGUGGAAAUGUGGGUAUUGAUGAAAGUGAGAAUAAGGAGGAUGCUCAAAAUGGUGAGAUAUUGAUGAUGGCGCCUUUUGGGAUCCCAUGCAUGGUGGAGAUAUUUCAAUUUUUGUGUUCUUUGUUAAAGGUCACUGAAAAUAUUGGUAUUGGCCCUAAAUCGAAUAUGAUAGCGCAUGAUGAAGAUGUUCCACUCUUUGCAUUAGGCUUAAUUAAUUCUGCUAUAGAAUUGGGUGUGUCAUUAUUCAGCAAACAUCCCAAGUUAUUGGCUGUAAUUCAAGAUGAACUAUUUUAUAAUUUGAUGCAAUUUGGCUUAUCCAUGAGCCCACUUAUUCUUUCGACCGUAUGUAGCAUCGUUCUCAAUCUAUAUUAUCAUUUGCGUACAGAGCUAAAAGUGCAGCUUGAAGCUUUCAUUUCAUGUGUGCUUUUGAAGCUUGUGCAAAGCAAGCAUGGGUUUUCAUACCAACAGCAAGAAGUUGCUAUGGAAGCUUUGGUUGACCUUUGCAGUCAACAUAUGUUUGUGGCCGAGAUGUAUGCUAAUUUUGAUUGUGAUAUAACAUGCAGUAAUGUUUUUGAAGACAUUGCUUACAUGUUGUCCAAGAGUGCAUUUCCUGUGAAUGAGCCGCUAUCUGCAAUGCAUAUCCUUGCUUUGAAUGGUCUGGUAUCUAUGAUAAAAGGUAUGGCUAAGAGAACCUGUAAUGAAUUGUCUAUUUCGGAGGAGGAUUCAACAAAUUAUGAGGGAUAUGAAGCUUUUUGGACUUUGAAAUGUCUGAAUUACAAUGAUCCUAGUUCUUGGAUUCCUUUUGUUCGUAAAAUGAAACGCAUCAAGAGAAAGUUGACAAUUGGAGCUGACCAUUUUAAUCGAGAUCCCAAGAAAGGUCUAGAGUUUCUCCAGGGAAUCCAUUUACUACCAGAUAAGCUUGAUCCGGAAAGUGUAGCGUCUUUCUUUAGGUACACAAAUGGGUUAGAUAAGAAUCUUAUUGGAGAUUUUCUUGGUAAUCAUGGUGAAUUUUGUGUUCACGUGCUUCAUGAAUUUUCUAGGACCUUUGAUUUCCAUGACAUGACUUUAGAUUCAGCAUUACGUGUUUUCUUGGGAACUUUCCGCUUACCUGGAGAGUCACAAAAGAUACAGAGAGUGAUUGAGGCAUUUGCUGAAAGAUAUUAUGAGCAAUCAUCACAUUUAUUUUGUGAUAGAGAUGCUACCCUUCUGUUGUCAUAUUCACUUAUAAUGCUUAACACUGAUCAACACAAUGCCCAAGUCAAGAAAAAGAUGACUGAAGAAGAUUUUAUUCGUAACAAUCGACUCAUCAAUGGGGGGAAAGAUCUUCCUCGCGAGUACUUGUCCGAGCUUUACCACUCUAUCUGUGAGAAUGAGAUUCAGAUGAUCCCUGACCAAGGUGCUGGUUUCCCAACAAUGACAUUAAGCCGCUGGAUUAAUGUGAUAUAUAGAUCCAAAGAAAGUGCUCCUUUUAUUUUAUGUGAUUCUCGAGUGCCCCUCUACCACGAUAUGUUUGCUAUCUUGUCUGGCCCCACUAUUGCCGCUAUAUCAGUGGUUUUCGAUCAAGCAGAACAGGAAAAUGUUUUACAAACAUGCAUUGAUGGAUUCUUGGCCAUUGCCAAAAUUUCAACGCACUAUCGCUUUGGCGAUAUAUUGGAUGAUUUGGUUGUAUCUCUUUGUAAAUUCACAACCCUUUUGACUCCAUUGUCUUUCGAAGAUGCCAUUAUUUCCUUCGGAGAUGGUCCUAGAGCAAGGAUGGCAACCACAACUGUUUUCACCAUAGCAAAUAAAUAUGGUGAUUGUAUCCAUAGCAGUUGGAGAAGCAUAUUCGAUUGUGUUUUGAGCUUGCACAAGCUCAGACUUCUGCCUCCCAGUCUAGCUAAUGAUGCAGCUGAUGAAACAGAUUCCUCAUCUGAUUAUGUAUGGAGUAAGCCUGAUACGAGUUCCUUAUUAAUAUCACGGACAACUCCUGCAGCCAUCCCCCGGAGGUCCUUCAGCUUGUUUGGUAGGUUCAGCCAACUCUUAUCCUUUGAAGUGGAGGAACCACUGUUGCAUCCAACUCAUGAACAGCUUGCUGCUCAACAGUUCCUUCGAGAGAUAGUGCUAAAAUGCCACAUCGAUAAUAUAUUCAUGGAUAGCAAGUUCCUCCAAGCAGAGUCUUUAUUGCAGCUUGUUGAGGCUAUCAUCUUGGCUACAGUUCAAUUCAGCAAGGGAAGUGACAUUAUAGAAGAUGAAGAUAGUGCCGUGUUCUGCCUGGAGUUGCUGAUUUCUAUUACUCUAAAUAAUCGGGAUAGGAUUUUGAUUAUCUGGAAAAAUGUUUACAAGUUUCUAUCAGAUAUUGUUCAACAGAAGGCAAUGCCUUGUGCUCUAGUGGAGAAAGCUGUGUUUGGGCUCCUUAAGAUAUGCCAACGUUUGCUUCCUUACAAGGAAAAUUUAACUGAUGAGCUUUUAAAGUCGAUGCAACUAAUUUUGAGACUUGAUGCUCGAGUUGCUGAUGCAUAUUGUGAACCUAUUACUCAAGAAGUUAUGCGACUUGUAAAAGCUAAUGCGUCUCACAUCAGAUCCCAUUCUGGUUGGCACACAAUCAUCUCCUUGCUAUAUAUCACUGCUCAACAUCCAGAAGCAUCAGAGUUUGGGUUUGAGGCUCUAGCGUUCAUCAUGUUCGAUGGGGCACAUCUUUUGCCUUCUAAUUAUGUUCUUUGUGUGGAUGCAGCAAGGGAGUUUGCUGAGUCUCGGGUUGGAGAGAUUGAUAGGUCUAUUUCUUCCUUAGAAAUGAUGGCAAGUUCUGUUGUUUGUCUCGUUAGAUGGUCUUACGAAGCCAAGAAUACUGCCAACGAAGAGGCUGCUAUGAAAGUGAGUAAGGACCUUGGAGAGAUGUGGCUGAGGUUAUUGCAGGCACUGAAGGUUGUAUGUUUAGACCAGAGGGAGGAGGUGCGAAACCAUGCUAUUUUAAUGUUACAACGGUCUUUUGCAGGUGUUGGUGGAAUUUACAUUCCGAACACUAUUUGGUUCCAGUGUUUUAAUCUUGUCGUUUUUACAUUAAUGGAUGAUUUGCUAGAAAUUGCACUGGAGAGCUCCCCUAAAAAAUACAAGAAAAUGGAAGGUACACUUGUUUUAGCCACAAAACUAAUGUUGAAAGCUUUCUUACAAUCACUUGAGGAAUUGUCACAGCAAGCAUCCUUCUGCAAACUAUGGCUCGAAGUUCUCGAUCGUAUGGAGAGAUAUAUGAAGUUUAAGUUCCGAGGAAAGCAUAGUGAAAAAAUUCAUGAAUCAAUCCCGGAGCUUCUCAAGAAUACCCUACUGGUGAUGAAAACAACUGGUAUUCUCAUACCUAGUGAUGAUGUUGGCAGAGAUAGUUUUUGGCAAUUGACAUGGCUAAAUGUGAAGAAGAUACUCCCAUCUUUGCAAUCUGAAGUGUUCUUGGAACCAGAAUUGGAGCAGAUGCAAGCAAAACACAAAAAGAUAUCUGGAAUUCCCGCAACCAAUGAGACAAUGCUCAUUCCAUCAAAUGAGACAACAACAUGAAGAACAUGGUUCUAACUGGAAAAAUCCUAGAGUAUAAUAUUUGUUAAGAUGAUGUAAAUGGCAUUCAUACCCUGCAUACUAUACAUGUUUCCCUAUUGCAAAAAAGUCAGGAAUCCAGAGCCGAAGCUGCAAAAAAGGAAGUAUACAUCGAAAUUGAAAUUUCAUAAUGUGGUUCUUGAAUCUAAUCUUGGUCAGAAAAAAAAAGCCUUCAUUUUUCCACACUCUGAAAUUUCAGUGUUAGAAAGAUUUUGUAGAAUGCAUUUAUUCCACCGUAGGAUAUAAGCCUAUUUUUGUAUUGGCACAUAAAAUCUCCUUAUCUGUAUACUUUUUACUCAUGAAAUUACAAUUUCUUAGUACAUCUAAAA